CUUCUGUUACUGUGGAGACGUCGUGCCACGGUCACAGCUGGGCGGAAGCGUGUUGACGUCAUGACGCGCCAAUUCCGGGGCGGCUUGUGUGAAGCUGUGUUACUGAGCACUCACUGGAUACCCGGGAAAUACUAUGAAGAGGUGAAAUGAGUAUGAAGACCACAGGCACCCAAUUUGGUACCCUGGAUGCCCUGACAGUCUUGCCUGUCACCUUGUUCUUUUAACGGCGCACUAAUGGUUGAGUCUGAUGAUGAAUUCACUGAACUCUGCUCCAAACUCCUUAAAAGAGUGAAAAAGAACAAGCCAACAGAGCAGGGUGUCCCAAAGACCAGCACCACAGCCAAAAGCAGGUUAAAAAGAAGCAAACCAUCCAGCAAGAAGCAGGUUGACAAUGAGGGUGCUAAGGUGGCAGAAGAGAGCAUUGCAGCAAAAGGGGACCUUGAGAAGGCCGUGGCACAGGCAGACCAAUGUGACAGCAGUGAUACAGAGAGAAAAAGAAAACCCAAGACCCAUCUAUCUAAUGUUUCAAUUGGACCAUCACAGACAGGUGAAAAUGAACCCCCAGCCCACGCAGAGCCAGUUAGACCCCAGGCACAGCCCCGUACAAAGGAUCUGGUCUUGGAACGGAUGCAGCAGUUUAAGAGGGCCUGUCCUAACCGUAUGAAAAUAAAUAGUGCAGAACCAUGUGACCUUAAUGUGAAUGACCAGCUGCAAAGUGACAGCGCUUUAGCUGCAGCUCUGCAAAUGGACAUCAGGGAGCAACAGAAAAGCCUGGAAGAUGUAGGACUCUUCUUCUGCCAACUCUGCCAAAAAGACCUGACCGCUAUGAAUUCUGUAAUAAGAGAGCAGCACGUCAACAGGUGCUUGGAUCAGAGUGAGAGUUUAGGGGAAGCAUCCGGGCCCACCAUUCCAAGCUGUCCUUUGUGCGGAAAGCCGUUCAAUUCAGAAAAGAGCCGAGCCUCUCACCUGAAGCGUUGUGCUGCCCAGUUGGAAGUACCUGCACAUACCUUACUGCAGGCAGUCCAGAGGCAAACAACCGAGUCAGUCACAGAGGCAGCAACCUGUGUUGUUUCGGCCAAGGCCAAGCGGAAAGCAGGACCCAAGAAAAAGGAGCCCCCCAAAAAGAAGAAAAUGGUACAACCAAACUCAGAAGUAGAAGACCUACUAGUUGCCAUGGCAUUGUCACGCUCCCUGCAGGAGGAUCCAACAACUCCAAUGUGUGAAAUAGCUCAGAAGGCAGUGCCUGCUACUAAGAGCUCUGUUCCAGAAAAGAAAAGUCGCAAAAAACAAAAGAACGCUCCUCCUCCUCUGUUAUUGGUUCAAGCCCCUGAGGCUGCCUUCCAGAGACUGCAGCAAAGAGUGGCGAUUCUCCUGAGUGAAGAGCUUGAGCUUAUUAGUAACACAGCUUUGCCCCAAAGCUGGUUAUCCAGUAUAGCGGAGAAAGAAAAGCAUGCUUGGUGGAGGCCAUUGCAGGACAAGCAGAUAUGUACUCUGUGGGAAGGCAGCAACAUGAUGGACAAUAGAGAUCUUCUGGGCUAUUACAUCCAGGAGCUGAACCCCCCUAUAACUCCAUGGAAGCCUCCAGCACAGCACAAGCUUUACAAUUCACAGCCACGUACAGUGACACCUGUGCAUCUGGCAGCAACCCCUCCAUGCUCAGUCUCAAGUGCCAAGCAACAAUCUACUGAAACCUGCAGCCAAGAUGGGCAUCUUCUGUCCCACAGUCAGAAGGAUAGGCAGGCAUUACUGGAUCUUGCAGAGCUAGCAGGAGAGGGCAUGACACUGACCCAGUGGAAGCUCGGUACCAGCCAUGAAGUGGACAACAGAGGAAGAGAAUCUGUGAGCAGUGUCACAGCCAGUGGAUUUGUCCCCUCACUUCAGGAAGAGACCUGUAAGCAGAGUGACCACCCACAGCUCUCCGCUCCUCUUGUUUCACUUGCUGCAGAUUUUAUGGAGAUGGUGAAUAAUCCACAUUUGAGUGAUGCUCAGUUGCAGACAGACUGUGGCGAAGUUCUGAGUGUGCAUAUGUUUGUGUUGUAUGCACGCUGCCCCCUUCUGGUGGAGGCUGUGCACUCUGAAGGGUUUUGGGUAGAUGAGGCCGGCACAGGGCGUGUGCGACGACUUCUCUUAAAUGAUGUAUCUGCCGAAGCUGCCCUUUGCUUCCUGCGCUUCCUCUACUCUGCGUCCUCUACUAUUCCCAUUCACUGCCUCACUCAUGUUUGUGAGCUGGCACGCAGGUUUGGGGUCAGCAGUUUAAUAGAAGUCUGCGAGCAUCUUGUUUCUGAGCCUGAAAACUCUGAAACCCUAGAUGCUGCUGCGGAAGAAGAGGAUGAUGAUGGUGGCAUGCGUGCAGAAACAUUCCAGGAGCUGUUAAAGUCCAUGUGGGUGGAUGAAGAUGAGGGUGUUGCAGAGCUGGAGACAGAAGGGCAAGGGGAAGAUAAAUUGGAGGCUGAAGCUGUGGGUGAAUGUGAUCUGGAAGAGAUCUAUGAGUUUGCGGCCACACAGCGCAGGGUUACAGGAAAGCAGGACACACAGGAUGGAAGCAGCAGUGAACUUGAUAUGCAGAACCAAGAGUCAGAAGACAGUGCACUUGGAGAAAGAAAUGAGCCUGAAAGAUUGGUGCCAAGUGGCCCAAGCACAGAGUAUAACAAACAAACACACACCCGUGCUUCUGUACCGAAUGUUACCAUACCUGCAACACAGCAGCCUUGUCUUGCUAAGGUUUCACCUGUCAGUAGCCCCACUGGCACCCCUAAAUCUCAUCCUUCUUUUUCCCCUUCAGUUUCUCAUUCCUCCUUAAAGCCGUCUUGUAGCCAGCGUUUACUUUCAACAUCUGGCUGCCAUGCAUCUCCUGCUGGGAAUCUGUUUGCAAAUUCUGUCCUUUCAGAGCAUCUUUCCCCAACUUCUGCAGAAUCUGCUGGCCCAACUGCCGGGGUUGUUGCUUCCAUUUCUCCAAGCAGAGUGAAUGAAGCCGAGCAGGAUUUGUUUAUCCAGCGCAACCCCCUUCCCUUGGAUGACAGUUAUGACCGCAUGUUUUCUGAGACUUGUGGAGAAUAUGUAGAGCUAUCUGACACAGUGAUACCUGUACAGAAUCAAGAACACACGCUUACUAGCCCUCCUACCACUACUGUGCUGCCUGUUCUCCCUGAACUUGGAUCCUCCCCUAACCUCCAGCACUCACCUUUAAACUCUGACAAUUCUCCUUGCAAGAUAAAAGGUGUGACUGCUGCAGAGCCAAGAUCUUUCCCACUUUGUAGUCUAAACAGUUCCAGGAAUUCUCAUGAUUCAGACUCAUUUCACAAUCCCACCAACCAUACAACUUCAUCUUCCUUUGCUAAAUCUCAGGAACCAGAUGUCAUCCUGAUUCUCUCUUCAGAUGAAGAAACUGAGCCCAACAUGGAAGGCUUAUUAUCACCCGGUAGUGUACAUGAGGGCAAGGAUUGCAUCUUAAAUGGCAUCAAAGAGUCUCCUGUCAGCUUCAGUAUAAAGAGAAGAAGCGAGGGUUCUUCUAAUCUUGAAAUGAGCAGCAGCAUGGAGACCUCAUGGUUAGUACCUGCUACACCUUUACCACAAACAGUAUUGUCAGUUGUAUCCCGCCUUCAGACUUCCUGCCUACCUGAGGUGCCUCAAAUCUCCACUAUCCAGUCCGCUUUCCAUUACAACUCUUUGUCACCUCCUCUCUUGUCUCCAGCCAAGUCCCCAGCCAAACCUCUAAGCCCUCCUGUGUCUCCAGACUUGCAGCUCACUCAAGGAUCUGCACAACUUCCAGAGGUUUGCAGAAGUUCAGGUAGCAAGGCAUCCUUUGCCCCUUCUUCACUGCCCGCUUCCCCUACCAGCAGCAGUGUUGUUGAGGUUGGAGACAGUGAGGAUGAAUGUCCAAUACCGAAGGGUCAGCUUGGAAGUCCGGCCGCUAGUGCCUCCCAUCAAUCACCUUUCCAUUUCAAGACUUUGUCUAAUAAUCUUUCAGAGUCCAGUAAUGAACCUAUGAUCCCCCAGCUCUCCCCAACCACAAGGCCCACUCAGGAUCCUGUACCACUCCUAGAACCUUGUGACAAUGUAGAUACUAAGACCUCUCCUGCCCACUCACUCCUAGCAUCCCCUGCUAGUAGCAGUGUGAUUGAGAUUGAAAAUAUUCAGGAUGGUAGCCCACAAACAGAGGUUCGCCUGGGCACCAGUGGCUACAGCUUUUAUAUUGACUAUGAGCCCCCUAUUCCUGUGGAAGAUGACCUGUGGUUUCAUGGAGAGGAGACACCAAAAAGACCUGAUCCCUCUCCCAAGACUUGUACCCCUCCUAGCAUAGAGAGUACCCCUAAAAAGGAGGCAGUCGUCCAGAACAGCAGUACCCCACAUCGAGGGAGCCCAGCACCGCUGAGAGAAGACGGCUCUGUUCCACACAGCAGCCGCUUGAGUUUCCUUAAUACUCAGACGUGGGAAGAAUGGGAGGAAGAGGAGGAAGAUCUUCCUGCUGUACUGCCCUUAUCAGAACGACUGAGCAAAGCCCCAGAGAGUCAGAAGCAGUUAAAAACACCAGUUUCUAUUGUGCGCAAAAGGGAAUUGGCCCCAAAGGUCCCUAUCACACCGUUACCUGCUUAUUCUGACAUGGACACUCCAAUUCUAAAGAAAGAGUUAAACAGAUUCGGAGUUCGGGCGCUUCCCAAGAAACAGAUGGUGCUGAAGCUGAAAGAAAUCUUCAGUUACACACACCAAGUAAUGAGCUCAGAUUCUGAUGAGGAAGUGCCUUCCCAAUUGAACAGAGGAGGCAAUGGUAAUAAAGCGCCCAUCCACAAGCCUCCUGUGGCCAAUAAACCCAAACAGUCGGCUAGUGCACAGGGUCCUGUCAGCUCCCAGGCUCACAAACCUAGGAAGGCAGCAUCUGUCUGUAAUGCAAAGGCAUCUACACAGGAGCAUAACAUGGGAUCGGAACAGCGACUGAACGCGUCCCAAGAAUCAACAACGUCCUCUGGUGGCAGUGACACCUCUUCCUUAUCUCAAGGCUCUGCUGCCAAUGAGUUUGAGACGGCAUUUGCAGAUGAAGAGGAGGAUGAGCCAGUGCCGGCUUCACAGGAGGUUGGACGAGAAGCAGCCACAGCUGAAGCAGUGAAGAGGUUCAUCGAGAGUCACCCUGAUCUGUAUAAGCGCAUCUUGUUGUACCAGCCAUUAGAGUUGGCGGCACUGCACGCAGAGCUCAAGCAGGCUGGCAUCAAGGUGGCAUCAGGGAAACUGCUGGACUUCCUGGAUACGCACUGCAUCACCUUCACCACUGCUGCAGCACGCAAGGAGAAAACCAGCAAAAGGAGGCGGAAAGCAGGGAAGCGCUUUUAACUCAUCGCUGGCCGCGAGCAGCUCAUAAACAGGAGAAUACGCCAAGUACAGUUCUUAGUAUCAUGGUGUAAAUAUAAUGUAAAAUGCUAAGGAAAAGGCUACAUUUGUAAAUGAGAAACUAUGCAUCGGGUUUGUAUUUUAUUAAUAAUAAACAAUGAAAUGGAAGAUUGGUUGUGUUACACCUAGAA